CUUCUUAUUCCAAAAGUUACUUUCAGUCGAAUAGAUCCUGCCGGGAAACUAUUUAUGGGUUUCCGGAAGGCAGUGAUUAUUAAUGCUGUAGCACCCGUUGGGCUUCAAACUUCCUUAUUGGAUUCUAAAAAUCCAGUCAUUUCCAAUAGCAUCUGUUCUACCGAAACUCCACUUUUUGGUGCCACUGACAACCAAGCUAUGCCAAAACAUGAGAAGGAUGGAGGCAACGAAACUGACAAUUUCUUGCAAAGGAAUGGGAUUGUUCCAGAGAAGAAGAAGAUCCGGAACAUAGGCUGCAAAAACAAGAGGCUCCUGAUACACACAGAAGAUGCUAUGGAGCUGAAGAUCACUUGGGAAGAAGCGCAAAAUUUGCUCUGCCCACCUCCAAAUGUGAAUCCAACCAUAAUCAUGAUCGAAGACUGUGAAUUUGAAGAAUAUGAUGAGCCACCAGUUUUAGGAAAGAGGACAGUGUUCACUACUCCAUCAUCUGGGGAGCAGGGACAAUGGGCGCAAUGUGACAAUUGCUCCAAAUGGCGUAGGCUGCCUGUGCACGAUCUCCUACCCUCAAAUUGGACAUGUUCAGAUAAUAUUUGGGACUCAAACAGAUGUUCGUGUUCUGCCUCAAGUGAGAUGAACCGAAAAGAACUUGAUCCAUUCCUUAGAGAUAGCAACAAGGAAACCAAGAGGCUAAGCAGUGGUUGUGGUGAACCAUCUUUAAGAGACAGCAGCAGCAACAGCAACAACUUGGGUGGGACAGAGGAACCACCUUGUACCACGAAACAUCCUCGGCACCGCCCCGGCUGCACCUGCAUUGUGUGCAUUCAGCCUCCGAGUGGGAAGGGCAAACAUGACCCCGCGUGUAAGUGCAACGUGUGCUUGACCGUGAGACGCCGGUUCAAAACCCUCAUGCAGCGUAAGAAGAAGAAACCAACAGAACGUGGGGCAGAGACUGCGCAGGCGAAGGAUGGGACUCUUGGUCGUGUUUCUGUUGACGAACCGUGUUUGGUGGGACAGAUGAACUGUCCAGAGAACGGUGGUGAUCCCUAUCCAAACCGGGAUCGCAGCAGUACUACUAGCAAGGGACAGUUGGACUUGAACUGCCAUCCUAAUGAGAAUAAGGCAGGCAGUUGAAGGGUAACCAGCCCACAAACACACUCUUUCUGUCCUUUUUUUGUACAAAACCCUUAGGAGUUGAUCUUAAGAGUACCCUACAUUCCGGCCACCAUAUAUUCUUUGGUGCUGUUGGGUUUCUGAGUCUUAUAUAUAUCUAAAAGUUCAUAAAAGUGUACAUUCUUU